AUGCGCAUCAUCAAAUUUCCCGACGACGAUCGAGCAGCUGCAAUAGCUUCAGAGAAGCCCAUAAUCGAGGGCGAGGCACCUCCUUCUGAAUGGCCCCAUCAUGGCGCGCGACGGUUGUUCCUUGACGGCCAUACUGAUCACAAUGGUCUUCGUCGCCUCAAGCCCAGCACAGCAACUACGAAGGUCAAGAAGGGUGUUAAAGCACCCAAGCACCCUAUACCACCCUCCGAAGAUGAACCCUCUGAUGAUGAAUCAUUGGAGGGUGUAAGUGUCAAUGAUGCAGUUGGAACUUCUGCGCUCGAGCCCCUACCUCAAGUGAACAUGCGAAAGCCUAACUACAAAAUGCGAGUCGAAGUUGUACCCUCCACCCUCACGCCCUUUCAAGGUUGUUCGACUUCCUUUACCACUGCCGCGUCCUUCCAAAGCCGUUCCCAUGCCAUCCUGGAACUCCGAGUGAGGUUAUCGGAAGUUACGUCUACCGAAGAGAAUCCUGUGGGAGAGCCCGACUCUGAGUAUGAAGAAGCAGGACGUGGAAAGAAGAGGAAGCUCAAGUCCGCGAAUACAAUCGCUGGGGAAGAAAGUUGGGCGAGGCGGUCCACUAUCCCCAUAAACAGUGGAUCGUCGACCGAUGGACCUCCAUCACCAGAACAUAUUAAUGCUGGUAAAGCAAUGCGCCUUCGAGACGGACCUUCUGAUGAGUCUAAAAAAAGGGUACAUUUCAUUCUUAACUUCAUUGAUUCAAAACAUGUUAAACCACGCCCAGUCACCAAGGGCUCUCGGGUGGUGAUGAAUCGUGGCCUGCGUAUGGUGUACGGGAACUCGGACUCUGAGUCUGACGUCGACAACAGCGUGAAGGCUAAUUCUGCAACCACAACGGGCGUCAUCCCCGAAGCCACUGGUUCAGCUAACAUCCAGUCUGAUCCUUUGGAGGAGAAGUCUGCACAGACGAAGGAUGAAGUAGUAGGAGAUAAGGAAGAACUACCCCCAAACCGCCCCAUUGAAUGCAGCGGCCCCCAAUAUUCCCGACCAGCAGCCUCUUCGACGAGCGUCCACAUGAUAACCUCCCCCAUGAUGCCCCUCGUGACAGCCCACUGCGCAACGCUCUCCAUGACCCUCCACGCGACCUUGUCCGUGACCCUCGAGAUGAUCAUGACCCUCCACGGCGCUCCACGCGACCUUGUCCGUGACCCUCGAGAUGAUCACGACCCUCCACGCGACUUGUCCGUGACCCUCGAGAUGAUCAUGAGCCUCUCCGUGACCCUCGAGAUGGUCGUGAGCCUCCCCGUCACCCUCGAGAUGGUCGUGAACCUCAUGAAGAUGCUCGAAGUGCUGUUCGCGACCCUACACCGCAACCAUCAUGAGGCCGUACGUGACCCUCGUGAUGGCCUUCGCAAUCCUUGGGAUGUUGAUCCUCGUUAUCCUUACACCCGAGGGUACUCCAUGAACCUGCGCGUGGCCUCGACCGUGGGCACUCUUCACCCCCGUGACGCAUUCUACCAUCGCAAUCCCCGCUAUGGUCCACCUCAAGAUCCUUAUGGAUCUGGCGAUAUUCGUAUGGAAAGUGACUUGAAUACUCGAGACAGCUCACCUGUGUCCGAUUUUCAUGGUAACUAUGGUCCUAGUGAGCGCGAACGUGCCUACCCGACCCGGUACGGUCCUGGGGGUGACUUAGGCUAUACUCAUGAAGGUGGAUACAGGUCCCGGCACAAUGACCUCGAUGAGCGUGGGCAAUCACUAUCUCCCUAUCAUAGUCGUCGAGUUGGUGGAGGGAGUUACCGCGAGGAAGGAUACCCUCAAGGCCCCGGUAGGAGAUUUCAGGAUUCGAGAUGGGAUGAAGGUGCUCAUUUGGACUAUGAUGCUAUACCACGAGCAUUCCGUCGCGAUCUGCCCAAUCCCCCAAGGCCUCCUCCCGCUACUUAA